CCGACUCUUCCCGACCCCUCUGCUUGGCAUCUGCUGUCGUGUCCGAAAGCUGGGUCUGGCUAGCCAAGGGGCGGGGAAACGGGAAGAGCUGUAUCGGGGUCGCGAGUGGGCGCGGGGGAAGCCGGUUCGCCACCUCGGGGUGCGGUGUGUCCGGGACUCGCGGCGGGGGAAGGUCUGCACAUGCGCGCUCGAAGCCCCGCCCCCGGAGAGAUGCUCACGUGAUAAGGGGGCGGGGCCGACAGCACCCGGGCCGGGUGGAUCGGGAAGUGUUGGAGCUGCGCCGGCGCCCACAGCAGCAUGACCGGGCUCUAUGGAGGCGUCGAGGGCGGGGGCACACAGUCCAAGGUCCUUUUACUCUCGGAGGAUGGACAGAUCCUGGCAGAGGAGGAUGGACUCGGCACAAACCACUGGCUGAUUGGGGUGGACAAGUGUGUGGAGAGGAUCAACGACAUGGUGAGCAAGGCCAAAGAGAAAGCAGGGGCGGAUCCUCUGGUACCACUGCAGAGCUUGGGCCUGUCCUUGAGUGGUGGGGAGCAGCAAGAGGCAGUGAGGAUACUAACCCAGGCGCUGAAGGACAGAUUUCCCUCCCUGAGUAAAAGCUACUUCAUGACGAGUGACGCCGCCGGCUCCAUUGCCACAGCCACGCCAGACGGUGGCAUUGUGCUCAUCUCUGGGACGGGUUCCAGCUGCCGGCUGGUCAACCCCGACGGCUCAGAGAGCGGCUGCGGCGGCUGGGGCCACAUGAUGGGGGACGAGGGCUCAGCCUACUGGAUUGCACACCAGGCUGUGAAGACCGUGUUCGACUCCAUCGACAACCUGGAGGUGACUCCUCAUGACAUUCGCUACGUCAAACAGGCCAUGUUCGCCUAUUUCCAGGUGCCUGAUCGCCUGGGAAUCCUCACUCACUUGUACAGGGACUUUGAUAAAAGCAGGUUCGCUGGGUUUUGCCGGAAAAUUGCAGAAGGGGCUGAGCAGGGAGACGCCCUCUCCCGCUGCAUCUUCAGGAAGGCCGGGCAGAUGCUGGGCAAACACAUUGUGGCGGUGUUGCCCGAGAUUGACCCGCCUCUGACUCAUUACCUGUAUGGUAAAUUGGUCCAGUGUUGUCCACUGCUGUCCCGUAUGUCUCAGGCUUGUUUCUGUUCAUCUCCCUCCAUUCUUGCUUGUUCCUUAUUUUUUUAUUUAUUUUUUGAUUUUUGGGUCACACCCAGCGAUACUCAGGGGUUACUCCUGGCUCAUGCACUCAGGAAUUACUCCUGGUGAUACUCAGGGGACCAUAUGGGACACUGGGAAUCGAACUGGGGUCAGCUGCAUGCAAGGCAAACGCCCUACCCGCUGUGCUAUUGUUUCAGCCCCUCUUGCUUGUUCCUUUGUGUUGUGGCUUAAACCUUUUCCCUCUUCUCUACUUUGUGAAUCUAAUCUCUCUUCCUCCCUUU